AUGUUGUACACUCACGCAACUGUCAUCACCGUUGACGGUGAACGCCGCAUUAUCAACGACGGAGCUAUUCGUGUCGUGGACGAUAUCGUCGCGGAUAUUGGGAAGAGUUCUCUUCUCAAGGAGCGUUAUACCGAGGAUGAGGAAUAUGACCUCACUGGACGUAUUGUGAUUCCUGGGCUGAUUUCCACCCAUAUGCAUACGGCGCAGACUCUCUUGAGAGGCACUGCGGAUGAUCUGGAACUAGUUUCUUGGCUUUGUGAAAGAAUCUGGGUUCUUCAAGGUAACUUUACUGAAGCAGAUGGUUAUGCUGCCGCUAGACUAAGUAUCGGCGAGAUGCUCAAAUCUGGAACCACUUGCUUCUUGGAAAGCAUGUUUGCCGAUCGAUAUGGCUUUGACGGACUCGCUCGCGCUGUCGAAGAGUCCGGUAUCCGUGGCUGCUUGGGCAAGAUUGUCAUGGAUAUCGCCAAGUAUGCUGAGGAAGAUGCCUGGGCUAUGCAUCCUGGACUUGUGGAGAAUCGCGAGAUGUCACUCCUUGGAAGUGUCAAGAUGUGGGAAAAGUGGAAUGGAGCAGCGAAUGAUCGCAUUCGCGUCUGGUUCGGAGCUAGAACUCCUGGAGGAGUUUCCGAUGCCCUGUACAAGGAGAUGACUUCCAUUUCGCGCGAAAGGGGAAUCCCUGUCACGAUGCACUGUGCCGAGGUUAAAGCCGAUCGCGACUUUUUCGAGUCUGUAUCCCACACGCCCAUGUCCUACUGCGACUCAGUUGGACUUUUGAGCCCCAGUACCGUACUGGUUCAUAUGGUUCAUUUGGAUGAUGACGAUAUCAAAUUGUUGUCUUCUUCUGGUACCCAUGUUGCUCACUGUCCAACCUCGAAUGCUAAGCUCGCAUCUGGUAUUUGUCGCGUUCCUGAUAUGCAGAAGGCUGGUGUGAAUAUUGGUCUGGGAACUGAUGGUGCCCCUUGCAACAAUACCUGUGACUUACUGCAGGAGAUGAAGCUUGCGGCUAUCAUUCACAAGAGUAUUUCUUAUGACCCUACGGCUGUUCCGGCCGAGUCGGUUUUGGAGAUGGCUACUAUCAAUGGUGCUAAAGCUUUGGGUUUGGAUGAUAAGAUCGGAAGUCUGGAGGUGGGCAAAAAAGCCGAUUUUGUCGCUAUCGAUGUGCGUGGCAUUCAUGCACAGCCCUGGUUUAAUGCUCCAAGUGCCGUGGUGUAUACUGCCACUGGUCGGGAUGUUGACGUGGUUGUUGUUGACGGUAAGAGACUUGUUCAGGAUGGUGAGCUUCUCACUAUGAAUGAGCAGGAGGUUGUAGAAGAGGCGAAGAAGCGCAGCAAGGAAGUUGUUGAGCGAGCUGGUCUCUCAAGCAAGAUGACCGGACGUUGGCCAGUGGAGUAA